GUGACGUCAUCUUCAGAAUUUCAGUACGCCAUGUUUUUCAUUCUGCGAAAGAGACAAAUCUGCACAUCUGUAAAUGAAAGAAUGGAUUCGUCGUGAAAUGGAUGCGAAAAUGCUGUGAAAUGUAAUCAUUACCUUAACAACAUUGUAUAGAACACAUUGACGAGGAAAAAUCGAGGAAACAAACGGGAAAACGUCAAAAAAUGGCGCUUGAAACCCUGUUUGAAACACCCCCGCCUCUCGUGUCCAGUGAAAACAAAGAAAGCCUAAAUGAAGGCUCAGAAAGGGACCCAGAAGAGGAAGGGGAAAUCUUAGAAGAUGGGGAGCUGAGUGAUGAAGAUGUAGAAGGAACACACCAACCAGAGGAGAUGGAGAAGGAGGAGGAAGGGUACAGAGAUGGAGAUGCUGGCUAUGGUUACCAAGACGAUGCAGGGCAGGAGGAACAAGUGCAAAAUGUGGAGGACCAAGAGCAAGUCUUUGAGAGCCCCCGCAAAAGCAGGAGACGUCACAGGCACCGGGAAGCCGUAGAGGAAGAGGUGGAGGAGGAGGAAGGGAACGAAGAGAACGAGGACGAUCAGGAGAGGAGGAGGAGGAGGAAGAGAAGGAAAGAGAAGCACAGUACCAGUAGACGCCAUCAUCACAAGAAAUCAAAAAGGCGAAAGAGGCAUCACUCUAGCGAUGAAGAAAAUGGAAGUCCAGAAGAUGAAGGUAGAGUCCAGAUGGAAGACGACGGAGGGCGAGUCCCCCCACGUAAGAGACGCUCCGUCCACAAAGACAGAAGACACCCUUCAGAGCCGGACGAAUCGGAAGUCUGGAACGAAGACGGAGGAGACGAUCUUGAUGAUGAGAUGAGGACCGGUAGAGGGAGGGGAAGAGGAAGGGGGAGAGGUAGGAGAGGGCGUUCCGAUCCGGACGAAGCAGAAGCAUGGAACGAGGAAGGAGGAGACGAUCUUGAGGAUGAGAUGAGGACCGGAAGAGGGAGGGGGAGAGGUAGGGGGCGAGGGAGGAGGGGGCGUUCCGAUCCGGACGAAGUGGAAGUCUGGAACGAAGACGGAGGAGACGAUCUUGAGGAUGAGAUGAGGACUGGUAGAGGGAGGGGGAGAGGGCGGGGGCGAGGGAGGAGAGGGCGUGGUGAGAGGAGGGGGGCACAGGGGAGAGGAGAGAUGUGGGGGAUGCAAGGAGGCAUGGAUGAGGAGGAGGAGGGAGGAUACCGGAGCUCCGGAGCGGACUCGUGGGAGGAGGAGAUGCGGAAGUACAAAGCGCAUCAAGAAGGGUUUGUAGAGGAUGAAUCCGAGGAGGAGAUGCACACCCACAUGGGGGGUGCACCCAGAGGGCGUGGCAGGGGUAGAGGGAGAGGCAAGCUGCCCCAGGGUGCCAAGAAUAGUUUCAUCCAGGAGAAGCUCAAGAAGAUAGCUCAGGCAGCUAAGCUGAAAGGGAAAGGUCGAGGGCGUGGUGCUAUCGGACCCAAACCACCCAAGGAACCCAGAGGCGGAGAGCAGAAGAUGAUGCUUCAUCUCAUCUGUAAAUUUUACCUCGAAGGACGUUGCAAGAAGGGCGAGAACUGUACUUAUAGCCAUGAUCUGACGCAGCAACGGAAGCAGGAACUCUGUAAAUUCUACGUCAGCGGGUUCUGCAAUAAAGGAGACACUUGCCUGUACAUGCAUGGUGAGUUCCCGUGCAAGUACUAUCACUCUGGAUCUGAAUGCUUCCAAGGCGACAAGUGCCGCUUCUCCCACGGACCUCUCAACCCUCACACAAAGAUGCUCCUGGAUAAGUCCCUGUCCUCGUUUGAAGAGUACGAAGAGCGCCCCCGCUCUCCGUCCAAGACCAAGGGUCUCCUUCCCACCCCGAAUGAUACCAGUCACAUACCGUCUCUGCUAGAUAUAGACGUUGAACCUCCUCAAGAUAAUGCACCCAGACAGAUGUCCUUUUAUGGAGCUGAGAAUCCUGAAUAUGCCGAGCCCCAGCACCACGGUCCACCUCAAGGAGACUACCAAGAACACUUCCAAGACCACCAAGAACAACAGUUCCAGGACCACCAAGGACCUGGUCGAUACCAGGAUCAGUAUCAACAGGACCAGUAUCAGCAGAACCAGUACCAGCAGCAGGACCAGGAUCAGUACGAGGACUCCUAUGAAAUGGUCAAUCAGUUUGUGUCUCUGGCCCGAACGAACCACGACCAAGACCAGGACCAGAAACAGGAGUCUACUCCUCAACAGAGGCAAGAGCAACAGGAGAUGGAUUUCCACAGAGGCCCAGAUACUACACCUUUGCCAAGCUCUCAAAGUGAGGACAACUCUGCAAAUUCAGACAAAGAAAUCUCUUCAAGCGACUUCAAUCCCCAAGAUAGGAAGAGCUCAAUUUCAUCCCCUCCAACAGACACCAGUACUACAUGUCAGUCCCCUCCCCAAGAAGAAAUGGAACAAUCCAGUCAACCUAACGACCCUGCCCCUGCACCACCGUCCAGUGCUUCCAGACCCACCCAGGGUGAACUGUCCCCUGAGCACUCACCACCCCCUCAAGGGCCUCCUGCAGGGCAGAAGCCAGAAACCAAGUCCAUCCUUCCGUCGAUCCCUGCAAAGCAGAAAGCACUGUUCAUGAGGAUUCAGCAGAAGCAACACGAUGGGAAGUCAGGCAGCGACGUCAACUCAGAAUCUGAUGAUAAUAGCAAGCAAAAGUCAUCUCAAGACGAAGCCAGCUGGUAUUCUAGCGAUGAAGAGGAAGGAUCAAAGAAGAGAUCCAAUAGUCGGAAGAAAGAUGAGCCCAUGGAGAUACCACAGAAAUCUGCAGAGCAACCUUCAGGUCCUGAUGUUUCUACCGGUAAGGGUAUGUCCACUGAUGCUGUCAAGAAACUCACAGCCAUCCAAAUCCCAAGCGCUCUCGCCAAUCUCUUCGCUGGAAAGUCCACAACCACGCCACCCACAAGCACUGGUAAUCAAGUAACUUUUAAUCUUCUUGAUUUUGUCAAGAAGGGUCCCUCCACCAAACCUGCACCUCUCACCCCUACUUCUCCUCAGACUGAAAUCUUGGACUCUCCCAUGUCACCGACCAACGAGGAGGAGUUUAGACUGAUCGAGUGUAUUCAUGAACCGGGUAGAUCUGACCCUCGUGCAGGGAGGGAAAAGAAAGACAAGUCGGAUAUGCGUUUUAGAGAGUUUCAUUGGAAGGACAAUAAGUAUUCCAUAAAUGAUCCGGAUGACCGGCCAUCGCUGCAACCUAUUGAAUUGACCACACCAACUGAACUGAAAGGUCAGCUCAACUUUCCAAAGACAGCAUUUCCUCCGUUUAUUCCUGGUAAUCAAAUGGUCCAACCCAGCAUGAUAGUGCCACCAAGCCAAGGUCCUGUUGACCCUAGAAUGAAACGAGAUCCCAGGCUUGCCAGGAUGCAGAGUGGCCCGGGUGGUCCUGAUGAUGGUCCUAAUAUGGGUCCUAAGGAUCCACGUAUGAACAGAGACCCAAGGUCUAUGGCUCCAAACCUGCAAAACAUGCCCAACAUGCCCAACAUGCCGGACAUGGGUGGUAACAGCAUGCCCCCUGCUCUCCUGCCAACCCCAAAUGAAAGAUUGAGACUCAUGGGACCUAGACCUCCACUUCACGAUGGACUUCUGCCCUUACCUCCACCGGGCCCUAGACCACCACUUGGGCCAAUGCCAGGUCCUCCUUUCAUGCAAGGACCAGGGCCUAGGGGAAUGCGACCACCGUUUGGUGGACCACCUCCCCUGAUGGGUGGGUUUCCUCAGGAUAUGCCUCCCCCAGACAUGAACAUGCCACCAAGAGGUCCACCUUUCCAGGGACCAGGGCCAAGAAUGGGACCUGGGCCUGGACCUGGUCUACGUCCUCCGUUCCAUAGGCCUCCUGGGAUCAGGCAGAUGUCAGACGGACUGGGUAACAGAUUAGGCCCUCCGAACUUCCCAGGUGGUCCAGUCCAAGGAGAUCAGGCAAUGAACAGAUUUAGAGGACCUGCUCCAAAUGACCCUAGGUGUAAUCCCAAUGACCCAAGGGUUGCUUUGAAAGACCCUAGAAACCUUGAUCCAAGACAAGCAACACAGGAUCCAAGGGAUCCAAGACAAGCCCCUCAAGAGUCAAGAGAUCCAAGACUUGCACAAAUCGAAUCUCGCGAUCCCAGGAAAGCUCCUCCUGCAGAGAGUCGUGAUCCUAGGCUCAUGAGGCAAAUGAGCAGUCACAGCCCGGGAGGUGGGAGUCCUUCUCAGUCAGACAGCCUACCACCUCAAGAUAUCGAUGAAAGGCUAAACAUCCCAAAACUCCAGGAUGUUGACCUUCGCAAACAACUGCCUGACCUCAAGGCCAAGCUGCAAGGAUUCUCUAUCCCUAAGCUGCAGAAGCGCUCUGGCAUAGCGGAAGCUGACACGACUAGUGGAGACCUGGACAAUUUGAGUAGCAGCGGUGGGAUAAUCCACAGGAAGGUCCCCAGUGCACAUCAUAGUCAACCGCAAGGUCUUACAUCAUUUGAUGUUGGUGGUAAGACCAGGACUAAUUUCCCCAGUGCGGAUCAAAGGACUAAGAGCGGGAGGGACUCUCCUCAGAUAACCCUCCAAAUUCAGAUCCCUGGCAACGGGGAGGGGGAUGGUGACAUGGCUGCAGCAAUCGCUCAACUUGCGGAUGAGCCCGAGAUCCAACUCAAAGACAUGUUCAAGACACAGGAUCCUACAGCGUCUCCAUUCUGCUGAGACCACAUGACAAGGGUUCAGUGAUACAAAGACGUCGCUCCAUGUUUUGCCAAAUUGAAUAUUGGAUAUCAAAAUGUUCUGA